AUGAAAUACUUCUGCCUUCCAACAUUCCCAUUCAUUGUCUUCGGCAUAAUUGAACCGAUGUUACUGGCGUCGGCGUACAUAAUCGGCAUCUAUGACCCCAUUGCAUUCUAUGCCUCCCAAACCCCCAAUCACUUCUCACCGGCAUCUUUGCCUCCCCAAGCCGAAACUCUUACCCUCCAACUCCUCAAUAUCCUGCUCCUCCUGGCGGCAAUGGCCCUCAUAUGCUCCUGGACGCUCAAUCCCAGCACGACGAAAGCCUACCUUUUUGUGGUGGCGCUGGCGGACUACGGACAUAUUUAUGCGACUUAUCGGGCAGUGGAGAGUGAGUAUUUCUGGGAUGUGGGCAUGUGGAAUCUUGUGGUUUGGGGGAAUGUGGGAGUCAAGUUAGUACUAAAUGCUGUGAGGGUGGCGACGCUGUUGGGGUGGUUUGGGGAGGUUCGGGGGGUGGAUCAGAGGUGGAAGACAGCGUGA